AUGGCUGAAACGCCGACAUUGGUUUCGUUUAAGGAUCUUCCUUCUCAUUUGAUCUUGGAGGUGUUGAUCUCCGGCGGACUUAGCCCGAUUGAUUUAGUUAAUAUCGAAUUGACCUCAAAGGUCUUCGGAUGGGGCUCGCACUCUUCGGAUUUCAAAUCUCUGGCUGAUAACGCAGCGUCUCGGUUUUGCGCUACGCACCCCAUCUUCGCGAGUUUGUCUUUGCCUAAUCAGAAAGCACUCGUCGCGAGAUGCGAGGGAAGCUGGAAACGAGUCUGGAGCUUUUUGAAGUCGAUUGUGGAAUCGUCGGAUUUGGUGGAGACCUCAAAAGGCAAGAUGAAAGUAACAGCGGGUGAGAAUCUCACGAUGGUAAUCAAAGACUCAAAGGUGUACUCUUGUGGUAAAAGUGAUUUUGGGGAUCUUGCUCAGGGGAGGGAAACUUUAAAAUGUGCAAGAUUGACGCCAAUGGUGUUCCCGUUCUCUGCGAAAGUGGUUCAAGUUUCAGCCUGCGGCUAUUUCAUAGAUUGCAAUGUUUUUGAUCACUUGCAAGUAUUGGCGCAGGUUUUCAGAUGUGACUUUGAUGAAUGCGUCCCAGUGUAUAGUCCCAGGCUCGUUGAGGCUUUGAAGACUACUCCUUGUAAGCAGGUGGCUGUUGGAUACUACUCUAUUGCGUGUCUCUCAAGGGAAGGGCAUGUGUAUACUUUCGGAGGGAACACAUAUGGGCAGCUUGGUCAUGGUGAUACCAUGAAGAGACAAGUACCCACAGUUGUUGAACUGCUCAAGAACGUUGGGCCGGUUGUACAAAUUUCGGCUGGACCAUACUAUGUCUUGGCUGUAACCGAGGAUGGAUCGGUUUACUCUUUUGGAGAGGGUUCUGCUCUCUGUCUUGGCCAUGGAGAUUUACAAGAUAAACUCGAGCCUCAUGCUAUUCAGGCUUUUAAAAGCAAAGGUGUUCAUAUACUCCGUGUAUGUGCUGGUUAUGGACAUGCCGCCGCUAUUGACUCUAAUGGUUAUGUCUACACAUGGGGUUCACGUAUGAUAGGCGCUCUAGGACAUGGUGACCAGAAUGAGAAGCCCAUUCCUGAGAUUUUGUUCAGUCUUGAGAACCAUUUAGCAGUGCAGGUAUGUGCAAUAUUAAGGAGAACUUUUGUCGUCGUCCAAGGCGGUUCAGUGUAUGGGUUCGGCAACUCUGAAUCUGGCAGCCUCGGUCUCAAUGGUAAAGUAAAGCAGCCACGAGUCCUGGAUUGUCUCAGACCGCACCGUGUCUUGCAAGUUAGCAAUGGUGUGGCUCACACUAUGGUGAUCACUCAAGAAGGACGAUUGUUGGGGUUUGGAGAUAACAGUGAUUCUCAACUCGGCCAUCACUCUCUUCAAACAUGCCUAGAACCUACUGAGAUCGUUCUCGAACCUUGA